AUGCCUGGGCAUAGAUUUCGCAGAGGAGGCAAGCCUUCCUCAAAGGCCCGCACGGCCAAACGAGACCAUGUGAUCGAGAAGCAGAAUGUCUUCCAGAGUUCGCGAUUAAAAGAAACAGAAGAUGAUGCUGCUGCUGCAAAAGAUGACACCAAAAGCGAGGAAGACGCCGUGGUUGCCGCUGAAGAGAGUGAGGUCGAUGAAGGCGGACAGCAGUCUCAGACCACGAGCGAAGACGAGGACAAUGCAACAAACUCGUACGCCCUCUUAUUGCAAUCGCUCACCGCCGGAAGUGAUGGUUCUGAACCUCCAAAGAAGAAAAGAAGGCUUUUUCGCGGCAAAGACGAUGAUGGCCAUGCAGCCAGAGAGACUGUGACAAACGGAGAGGUGUCUCAAGAUCAAAGCCUUGCAAUGAAUGUCAAUGAGCAACCCCUAGAACUUCAAGACGAAGUGGAAACGGACGAAGAGCAUUUAGGUGGCCAUGUGGCAGACCUGGAUUCUGAAGAUGAGGAAAACCUCCUGCGAGAUCCAUUCGAGAAACAUUACACGACGGUUUUGGAGCAAGAUCUGAAAGACGCCAUCAACCAGGUGGACCAGAAGCGAUGGAACACAUCCUCCUCUACCUUGGAUUCCGGCGUUCGCAGCACCAUUCUCUCCACAAAGGAGACUCCCAGCAAGCCCGCUGACCUCAAAUCAAUCAAAGAUGCUUAUCUAAAGCGUCGACUGGGCAAUAGUGGAAGCAAAGUUGUCUCCAGUCUGUCUCCGGAGGAGAAGACCAUGGCCGCACUUGUAUUCAACUAUGCUGACAUGGUCAACGGCUGCCGAAACAUUCAAAAUUCCACCCAUCUGCGCGACGUAUCAUGUUUGCAUGCCCUGAACCACAUUUUCAAGACGAGAGAUCGGGUCCUUCGAAACAAUGCAAAAUUGACUUCAGUUUCCGGUACUGAGGCUCUCGACCUCCGUGACCAAGGGUUCACUCGACCCAAGGUCCUCAUCAUGGUACCCACGAAGCAGGCUUGUGUGCGUUUCGUCGAAAGCAUUGCCAGACUCAGCGAACCCGACCAACAGGAAAACAAAGCGCGGUUUCUGGAGACAUAUUCUUUUGAGGAUGAGGAUGAAUGGCAAGACAAACCAGAAGACUUUCGGGCACUUUUCGGGGGCAACCACGAAGAAGACUUUCGGAUCGGGUUGAAGUUCACCAGGAAGACCAUCAAGUAUUUCUCUGGCUUCUACAACUCGGACAUCAUCAUCGGCUCCCCCCUUGGGUUGAUGCGCACAAUCACCACGCCGAGCGGCAAGGACAAGAAGAAGUCGCCCGACGCAGAUUUCCUCUCUUCCAUCGAGCUCGUCAUCGUGGACCACGCGAACGCCCUACAAAUGCAGAACUGGCAACACGUGGACUACGUCUUCUCCCAACUCAAUCAUAUCCCCAAGGAUUCCCAUGGCUGUGACUUCUCGCGCGUCCGCCACUGGUAUCUCGAUGGACAAGCGAAAUAUCUGCGCCAGACCAUCGUAUUCUCCGACUAUCUGACCCCGGAAAUCAACGCCUUGGCCUCGACCCAUCUGCACAACAUCGCCGGGCGAGUGAAGCUCGUCCCGACAUAUCCGGGUGCGAUGCUCUCUGUACCCUCCCUCGCCCUGCCCUUCACCUCGAGCGUACCUCAGACCUUCCUCCGUAUCCCGUCGCCGAACCCCCUGACCGACUCCGACGCGCGCUUCAGAUUCUUCACCACCACGGUCCUGGCACCCCUCGUCCGCGAUGCACGCCACCAACGGGGCAUCCUGCUCUUCGUCCCCACCUACGUCGACUUCGCCCGCCUGCGCAACCACCUCUCCACGUCCUCCGACGCGACGUCGCUCUCGUUUGGGUGUAUUUCGGAAUACACGCCCGUGAAGGAGGUGAUGCGCGCGCGCUCGCACUUCCUCUCCGGCCGCCACGCCGUGCUCCUAUACUCGGAGCGAGCGCACCAUCAUUUCCGAUACAGGAUCAAGGGCGUCCGGAAGAUCCUGUGGUACGGCGUCCCCGAGAACCCCAUCUUUUGGACCGAGAUCAUCGCGCUUUUGGGGCUUGGGGCCGACAAGGACGCAGCCCGCCACGCUGGAGGCACGGGCGGGGCCAAGGGCGUGGUCAGAGCGCUUUUCUCCAAGUGGGAUGUGUUGAAGCUCGAGAGGAUUGUCGGGACCGAGAGGGUGGGGAGAUUGAUCAAUGAUCAAUGGGGCGAUACGUUUGAUUUCGUCUAA